AUGAAUAAUAUUCAUAAUAUUAUUGAAUUUAUUGAUGAUGUGAAUAAUAUUGGAGGUAGAAGACCUCAAGUGUAUAAAGAUAGGCCCAAUUUAUAUGAAAUAUUAACCGACGAAGAAUUUAAAUACAGAUUUCGUUUAUCGAAAAGUUGCGUAGAUUAUUUAUUAUCAUUAUUAGAAGGAAAGCUAAAAACAGCUACUGACCGGAAUAUGACAAUGUCACCAAUGAACAAAGUACUCAUUACACUGCGUUUUUAUGCAUUGGGGACUAUGUUAAUAUCAGUGGCCGAUAUGUUUGGUGUUAGUAUAUCUUGUGCUAGUAAAACAAUAAGAGAUGUUUCGUACGUGAUUGCCGAAUUGAGUAGCAUAUUUAUACAAAUCCCUGUACAUAAUAUUAAAGAUACAAAAAUGAAGAUGUACGAAAUAGCAAGAUUUCCAUUAGUCUUCGGUGCCAUUGAUUGUACACAUGUACGAAUUCAAUCACCAGGAGGUCACGAUAGUGAAAUGUUUCGAAAUCGUAAAGGGUAA